AUGUGUAUAGUGUGAUGGGUGGAGCGGAUCGCUGGCAGUGAACAGGAUGAGGUGCUGAGUUUGUGCAGCUGCAUGACUGGUGACCUGCCCAGCAUCCACUACGCCUGGUACUGCCUGUGGCUCCCAGCAAGAGUUGACAGUACAGUGGAUAUAUUCAGCAGAGAAAGCAGAUUAAUUUAGAAUGUUUAAUAUAAAGAAUAUUGUGAAGAACAUCACAGAUCGGGUGGAGGGUGGCCGGACGGCGUCGGUCUCCUCAGCAGAAGAUGCCUCGGCCGCUGUCGGCGGUGCCGAAGGCUUCCUCUGCCCCACCUGCAUGAAGGGCUUCGCCACUCCGGAACAGCUGCAGCAACAUGACCAGACGGCGCACAUCGACCCCUCCGCCACCUACCUGUGCCCGGUCUGCAAGGCUCGGCUGACCUCGUCGGCGGAGCUGGAGCAGCACUUCGCCAGGAACCACCCGCCGCUGCCGCAGUCGGACGACGUCGAGGUGCUGCAGCACGAGCUGACCGAUGUCAACACCACGCUGAGGGAGGAGCGCUGGUACAGUGAGGAGCUGAAGCGGGAGGUGGCCCGGCUGCAGCAGCUGGUGGAGGCGACCCAGUCCGAGGAGACGAUGUUGUACCAGGAGCAGAUCAAGGCGCUGCAGGAGAGCAAGGCGCUGGUCACCUCCGAGGUGAUGUUGCUGCGGAAGCAGCUGACGGAGGCGCUGGAGAGCAGUACAGCUCUGAAGCAGGACUACAAGACGCUGCAGGAGAAGGCCGGGAGCUACGCGGCCGAGAAGGCGGCGCUCAGCGCCGCCGCCGAUGACGCCCAGGGCCGGGUGGACAUGCUGGAGGCGCAGCUCCAACUCAAGAACAGCACCGACGACGCGGCCCUGCUGCGCCAGGAGCUGGUCCAGGUGCAGCAGUUGAUGGACAGCGCGGCCCGGGAGCGCGAGGCCGAGCGGGACCGGCUGCAGCAGGAGCAGCGGGACCUGCAGGAGAAAUACAGUCAGCUGCAGACGGAGCGACAGGCACAGACGAGACAGAUCCCCAGCAUGGAGGAGGUGGAGCGGCUGACAUCGCAGCUGAAGCUGAAGAGUGAGACGCUGCAGUCGCGGCUGGACCAGACGAUGAGCUCCCUGGACGCCGCCACGGACCAGCUGAGCAGCUGCCAGACCCAGCUGACAGACACAGAGCGGCAGCGGCACCAGCUGGAGACGGAGCUGCGGUCGGCGCGAGACGAGCUGGAGUCGGAGUCGGACCCGUGUGUGAUGCUCUGA